UAAAUUCCCGGCAGUCUCUCCGAGCCCUAACACCGCCUUCCUGGUCCGAACCUCUACACCAUCCAACGCGACGGACGACGGAGCACUCCUGUGUCCGUCGCUUCCUCUUCAAUCUCCCGUACUAGGGUUUUGUCGUUCCAUUUCGUGAAUUCGAGUUUCAAAUCGCUGCAUUUCCAUGUCUUCAACGAUGCAGAGCUCCUCCCGAGAGGAUAUUUCCGUUUACGAUUCCAAGGAAGAAGACGAAAUCGUCGAAUCGGCUCCCAAAGAGCUCUCGAAGAAAUCCGUGGUUUCUGGAAACUCAAAAUCUGAGAAUUCUUCCCCAACGAAGUUGAAUUUCAUGGAAUGCUUUGCGCAUGGAAGCAGUGCUGAGCAGACCGAGAUCAAGAAUGGCUUGUGUGCAGAUUUUGAUGGAAGCAAUGGCGAUCAUAAAUGUAAUGAUAGUAGCUCGUAUGCUGUCGGCUCAUCAGAUAGGGACUUCUCCAUCCAAGAGGAAACCUUUCAGUUGGAUGAUAUUGUGGUAUCCACGUCAAUGAAUAAUGAUGUGGAUGCUCAUGCUAGUCAAGAUAAAUUUGGACCUGGAAAUCUCAUCCCUGGACGCUUAAGAAUCGAUUCCCUUGCGAUGGGAAGUUUGACCCUCGGGGGAACUCCUUUGCACGACAAACGAUUGGAUUGUGCCCUUCCGGAGCUGCCAUCGGAUCAGGAAAAGCUAGUUGAUGUGAUUUCAGAUGAUGAUGAAAGCUUGGAGUCAAGUUCACCGCCAACUUCAUCUUCUGAUUUUGCAGAAAACAAAGAUUCAGAUUCAAUGGAACACCUGACUCCAUCUUGUUCCAAGGGUCAUAUGAAAAUGGAACAUCCAGCUUCAGCUUGUUGCGAGGUUUAUAUGGAAACAAAUGAGAACAUAAAUGCGGAGGUCAUUGUCACUGCUGAUUUUCUUUUUUAUGGGGAUAGACUCUCGAAUCAUUCUCGAUUAACUUUCUCGCCCGAUUACAUUAAGCUCGAGGAUUUGAAUGCAUACGGAAGUAAUGGACCUGUUAGUUGCAAAUGGGCAGUUGAUGAUAUUGUUCAUAUUGAGAGUCAAUGGAGUGAAAGUGUUGAAACUGGAUUGGUUAAACUUCGGCUAAGACCAACAGGUGUUACGGAAAUACAGAAUAUACAUGGUACUUCAGAUAUUGUGAAAUUGACAUUUGGUGUCAAUGAUCCUCAAUGGCGUGAGAAGGAACAAACAAUCGUGUCACUGACUGCAAGAUACAAAGCUAUUUGGAAUUCUAUGCUUGAUGUUGUGAACCAAGAGGAUGACUUCAUGGGGCAGAACAGCAUGUUCUUUUUAAAGCGUUUCUUUGCUAAUAUUGAUGAGCCUUUUGAAGAUGUUAUCUAUCCAAAAGGAGAUCCUGAUGCUGUUUCAAUUAGUAAGAGAGAUGUUGAGCUAUUGCAACCAGAGACAUUCAUCAAUGACACUAUCAUUGACUUUUACAUUAAAUAUUUAAAGAAUAAAAUCCAACCUGAAGACAAGCAUAGGUUCCAUUUUUUCAACAGUUUUUUCUUCCGCAAGCUAGCUGAUCUAGACAAGGAUCCAGGAAGUGUAAAAGAAGGGAGGGCAGCUUUCCUACGUGUUCGUAAAUGGACACGGAAAGUAAAUAUAUUUGAAAAGGAUUACAUCCUCAUACCUGUAAAUUUCAAUCUUCAUUGGAGUUUGAUGGUUAUAUGUCAUCCUGGAGAAGUAGCUUAUUUUAAAGAUGAAGAAAUUGAAAAGGCACCUAAAGUACCAUGCAUAUUGCACAUGGAUUCUAUCAAAGGAAGUCACACAGGUUUAAAGAAUCUUAUUCAAAGUUAUCUAUGGGAGGAGUGGAAAGAACGGCAUGGGGAGUCAUCUAAAGAUCUUUCUUUAAAAUUCUCAAACCUGCGAUUUGUCCCUCUAGAGCUGCCACAACAAGAAAAUUCAUUUGAUUGUGGCCUCUUUUUGCUCCAUUAUGUGGAACUGUUUUUGGAGGAAGCUCCAUUAAACUUCAGCCCCUUCAAGAUAACAAAGUUCUCAAAUUUUCUCAAUGCAGAUUGGUUUCCGCCUUUCGAGGCUUCUCACAAGCGUUCUGUGAUUCAGAAGCUAAUCUUUGAACUUCUGAAUGACCAUUCUCUGAAAAUUCCUCCAGCUGCAUGCAGCAGUCAGCAUGGUUCUCCUAAGUUUCAAGAAAUCAAUGCCCAGAAAGAACAAGCUGUACAGUUCCUUUCUGAGCAAUGCAGUCCAACCAAGAAGAGGGGUCUUGGUAAUUCAUUUUGCUCCACCGUCAAUGGAGGCAUUGAGAUUGAACUGUUGCCUCCAUCAUCUCCUCGCAGUGUUCAGUGUGAUAAAGAAUCAGGCAUUAUUUUCAGGGAGUUUCUUGAGCAAGGAAAUAUUGCAGGGUCUUCCCUGGAUACACAGUGUGGACCUUUUCACCGGCUCGACUCCUUUCAAGAGCUCAGUACUCCAAUGUCACCAAUAGAGGAAGAUGCAGAAACUGGCGAGCAGUUUGUGUUCUCACCUUCAAAUAGAGUUGGUUAUAAGCUGCAGGCUGAAAUUACAGUCGAAGCAUGUUCGGCCCCAUAUUCCCCCAAUGACGUUGCAGCAGUUGAGGCAUCAUGUUCCCAAGAUAUGUCCAUGCAACCCAAGCAGCACGAGGGUAGUGAGUCAAUGUGUUGUGGGUCCCAGAAUUCAAUUGGUUCUGUGGCUGAAAUUACAGUCGAAGCAGGUUCCAAUGAGCAGUUAGAAGAAACAGAGGAAAAGCCGAGGUUGGUCUUGCCAGAGACUUUUGAGGGUAACCCUGAGAAUCCAGCUGCGGCUUCUGAUGAGAGGCUGGAGACCUGCGCGGUUGAAGAUACUCAGGAGGGGGAUGCUGUUGCUGAGAGCAAGGAGAUUCAGGAUUCGUUUAUCCCCUGCCAACAAAACCAUCCUUCCCCUUCUCUUCAGGAUGUUGAAACAACAGAAAACAGCAAGCCUUUGAGCAAUGGUGGUGUGCAAUUGAGCGGUGAAGGUUUGGAGGAGGGAUUGGAACAGCAGGCCCACAAACGCUUGAAGGUCACGCCUCCUGAGGGGGAAAGGGAACACAUGCAAAGUAUGGAGAGCAAUUGCCAAUCAUGAAUUUGGCUCCAGUUUCCAAACUAGCAGCUUCGCCCUUAUGACUACUGACUUGGGUUGAUUUCUUGCGCUGUUCAUAUUGUCAUGGCUUUUCCAUAAUGUGGUUCAAGGUAUUAGCCAAACUCAUGAAGGCAGUUCGGUCAGGUGCUUUCCUAGAAUGAUUCUCUUUCUCAGUUGUAUUCCUUCUCUCGUGCUUUUUCCCCCUUGUUUCCAUCACUGACGCUGAUGUUGUCCAUGUAAAAUAUUGUUUCAAACGCUUUGUAGAUUUCAGGUUAGUGUGGAACUCCAUCAGUGGUGUGAUUAAAUCAGUAGAUCUCAAAUCUAAGAGUGUCUCUUGUGCUACUUCCUCAAUUGAGGAAGAUUGCUUUGUUUAGUGC